AUGGGUUAUGCUACAGAUCGAAGAUCCCAGAGCAGGCUCUCUGCGGCCAUGGACCAAGAUGGCCUUGUGCAAAACACCAAGGACUCCCGCACGCAACCAUUGGCACAAGACGACUUGCAACCACCUAGGUUCACCGCGAACCGCCAGUACAUUGCUCCCGGUAGGCCAGCCAAGGCCUCGCAAUGGGAGUGUGAGGAGUUGGAUGCGAGCUCAUCGCGGAGACAAGCCUCCGGCGGCAACCCCUUUGAAGAUUAUGAGGAGUCGUCAGAAGGGACGCAACCGUCCGCCACCGUGUCGACCAGGACAUCCAUCGGCCAGACGCCUGAUACCGCCGAUGUGUUCCAGGCGCAUGCCGCCAGCAGCCACCGCGACUACUUCAAACCUCGGUCGCCUCCUGCAAGGGACGUCCAACGACCAGGUAGCUCAGCUAGCAAUGCUCGACGCCUGGGGAGGGCAUCGCGCUUCUCGGACGAGCGCAGCAGCAGCGUGUCUUCCCGACCGGAGUCGUCAGAAGCCGCGGUGGCGGCGGAGCCGGCAAUUACUGCUCUGCCGCAGGCUCAUCUUCAGUCAUCUACCCAACCUACCCAGCAGACCGACGCUACAUCAGGCCCAUCGUCUGCAGCCGCCAUCAAAGAAGCCAGUGACGUGCAGCGGGCGACCGACAAGAUCAUCCAGCGAGGCAAGCGCAAGAUCACCUUCCAAAAGUAUCUCUUCACGUUUGGUCUCAUCUGCCUGAACACGCUCUUCAUCUUCUCUUCCUGGUACUGGUCGCGUUACUACUAUGUAUACCUGCCGUUCAUCAUGUUCCCACUGGCGCUCAACUGCACCAUGAUUGUCUCUCUCAUGGUGUUCAAGCUUCGCAACGUUGUUCGACCUGAACGCAUCAUCGAGCCUGACCACACGGAAGACCUGGUCUACAUCAUGCCCUGCUACAACGAGACGUUUGAAGAGUGCAGCCACUCGAUCGACUCGCUCGUGGACCAGGUAGGCAUUGAGCACCACAAGCGGGGCAUUAUGGUGGUUUGCGACGGGCGUGUGCGCGGGCCCGGGAUGGAGAAGACGACCGGCGACUAUCUGUUGGAAGAUAUCUUUGUCGACCGCACCCAUCACGAGAGGAUCCGCGGCGCAUACCGGGGAUGGAACGGCAUGAGCAUAGACAUUGAGGUAUCGCGCGGCCACUACAAGGGCGUGCCGUACUACUGUAUCGUCAAGGAGCAGAACCAAGGCAAGCGUGACAGUCUGAUCGUGAUCCGCUCGUUCCUCCACAAGUUCAACCAGCGGCGAGACAGCCCGUCGCACAUCUUCUCCCCGGAGUUCUUCCACUCCAUGACCAGCUGGCUGACCGAGUCCGUCCAGGUCGACCAGGUGGAUCAUCUGGUGGGCAUGGACGCCGACACCAUCUUUGACAAGCACUGUGUGGCCCAGUUGCUCAAAGAGUCCAAGUAUCCCAACACGGUGGGCGUCUGUGGCUUUGUGGCCGUCGACUUUUCAGGCGGCAACUGGAACAUCUGGCGCCUCUACCAAAACGCCGAGUACACCAUUGCGCAGUGCUUGCGGCGCCUUCACCAGUCCAUGGUCACCAAGAAGGUCUCAUGCCUGCCUGGCUGCUGCCAGCUGCUCAAGAUCUGCGAGUACACGUGUGGCGACAAGGUCCUGGUGGAGCUGUUUGGAUACCACCCUGCUCCCAUGGAUGGCAUGCUCAAGCAGGUACGGGCGACGGCGUCUGAAGACCGUAAUCAUGUCUGUCUAAUGCUCACGACCCAUCCGGAGGCGCAGACCCGCCAGGCCCUCCGCGCGCACGCAUACACGGACGUGCCCAAGACAUGGAGCGUCUUCCUUUCGCAGCGUCGGCGCUGGACACUGGGCGCGACGAGCAACGACCUCUUGCUCCUGCUGUCACGCCACUGCCAAUGGUUCGAGCGCAUCCUGGCCCUCUGCAACGUCCUGGUUUGGUGCCUCUGCGCGUUCAUUGUGGCGGCGAUUGGCUGCAUGAUUGUUGCCUUCAUGUCCCAGCCCUGGUGGAUUAUCAUGGCCUUUGCGAGCGUCAUGAUCAUCCCGCUCCUCUACUACAUUAUGAUUGCCGUGUGGCACCCACGCACCAUGCGCGAGCGGGUACAGUACCUCGCCGGGCUGGCCGUCUUUGUCAUCUGCGGGCCUUUCCUCAACAUUUUUGUCAUGCUCUUUGCUGUCCGGAACAUGGACAGCUUCGGGUGGGGCAAGACGCGUCUCGUCGUGGCCGAGGAGGUCAAGGAGAAGAUGGCCGCGGACAGCAACGAUACCCAAAACAGCCAUCCUGGACCCAGGUCUUUGGGCGCCAGCACCGGAAAUGCACUGAAUGAAAAGAAGACGGCCCCUGCCGACGCACCGCAGCCUCUGCUGACCGACCGACCGCAUGAUGAAGAGGCUGCACUGGACACGCUCUUUGCAAGGCCACAAGCAGCGCAUGCACCAGUCGCAUCACCCGCAUCCGUGGCCGCACGAUGA